UAUUUCCUGAUAGAUGGCAGCAGGUAGCCAGAUGAAGGUGAAAUUUUAUUGGCAGAUUAGCAGAAGAUAAACAGAGAAAAAGAUGUUUAAAUUUUCGAUGUGUUUAUACAAGUGAAUGUUUAAUGCAUUUCGUUUUAUAAGAUGUCCCAGUUCAUCGAAUUUGAUCCUUUGAAACAGCCAAGGUGCAAGGUAGAGUUACAUGCACAUUUAGAUGGAGCCGUCCGCCUGACGACAGUAUGGGAGCUGGCUGAGAAGAAAGGAAUGCACCUUGAUGUUAAAACUUUAGAAGACUUAUUCGAUCGCUGCAGUAUAAAAUCUCCAUCAUGUUUAGCCGAUUUUUUGAAGCCUUUCUCCAUUUUCUCGCCAGUCAUUGCCGGCGAUGCAGGGGCCAUUGAAAGAGUGGCUUACGAAUUUUGCGAGGAUGCAGCUAAGCAAGGCGUGUUUUACUCGGAGGUCCGAUACUGCCCGCACCUUUUCUCCUCUUCUUGCAGUCCCGACAAGACAACUUCAAGCCCCCUUUCUCCGAGGGAGGUGGUGAUGUGCGUGAAUCGGGGUCUUGCCAGAGGAUCCGUUGAUUUUAAGAUCACCGUCAGAAGCAUAUUGUGCUGUUUCAGAGCCAAUCCAGAAUGGUCUAAUGACAUCCUUGAACUUUGUCUCGAGUUUCAGAAUUGCGGGGUUGUCGGGAUCGAUGUCGCCGGGGACGAAGCCACCGGGCUGGCAGCGCCGGAAAUAGUCGCCGUUUUCAGGGCAGCGGAACGUCAAGGCAUACAUCGCACAGCCCAUGCUGGAGAGGCCGGUCCUGCCGAAAAUGUUUGCAAGGCCGUAAAUGACAUGCUCGCCGAACGCAUUGGACACGGGUAUCACGUGGUGGAUGACCCUGAUCUCUAUGCCGAAUGCUUGGAGCAAGGAAUUCACUUCGAGACCUGUCCAUAUUCUAGCGUUCUCACAGGGUCGGUGCCGUUGACAGACGCGAAGCAUCCCAUUGUCAGGUUUGCCGAAGACAAUGCGAACUUUUCCGUCAGCAGAGACGAUCCCACAAUCAUACAGAAAACUCUGGAUCAAGAAUACGACUUCCUGCGGGGCUUUGGCUUGAAGGACGUCCAUUUUGCGAGAGCGAAUUUUAAUGCCAUCCGCAGCUGCUUCCUUCCUGAUGAUGAGAAAGAGCUCCUGAUGCAGAAAAUGCUUCAAGUUUACGGAUAUGAGCAGGCAUUGCCGGGAGAGAAUAAUGAUCUGGAAUAUAUUCUACCGAAGGCUUUGGCAGGAAAAGGGGACUUCUAAAAUAAUUUCCUUCCACAAGAUCUUUUUUUUUAUUUACAUAUGUUUGGUUAUUUAGUUUAAUUUUUCAAUCGCUAAAAAAUCGUUUGUAUUUUUUUUGUUAUAGUUACUUUUGUUACGUUUACGAAAUUUAACUGCUGUUCAGUGAUGGAAUAAAAUUUAUGUUUUUA